AUGCCUAUCAUACAGAAGCGGAUAUUCAUACCUUCCGUUGGGCAGACUGCCAUUGUCAAUCAUCUGAAGACGCACAAUGUCAUGGUCUCUGCCCGCCCCGGAGCAGGGAAAACGGCCACAGCAGAGGCUGUGGUGCAGGCCAAUCCCAGUACUCCCAUAGCGGUUGUCACAUACUCGAAGCGGUUGCAACUGGACACCCAAAAACGCUUGCAGAAUUACCCCCUCGUCGAUGUCUUCACUUUUCAUGGGUUAGCAUCGCGUUUCUUUGGAACCCUCAUCAACAAUGAUACCCUUUUCCGUGACAUACGCAGGUCAGCGGCACCACCGACGUGGAUUGAUAUGCCACGAUAUGAGAUUAUCAUUUUGGACGAACUGCAGGACCUUACGGAGGAUCUAUAUUGGCUUACGUGUGCGUUUAUCACCUUUGUAACGCAAAUAAGUGGCAGAGCUCCUCACCUUCUGGUGCUGGGCGACCCACGGCAGGCCAUUUACGACUUUCGUGGUGCCGACCAGCGCUACCUAGAGCUGUCAUCAGAUACCCUAUCUGCCAUAUCACCGUAUGAAUGGCGGAGCGCUCAACUCAGCCAGAGCUUUCGUCUUUCUUGUGAAACAGCCAAUUUUGUCAAUCAUGCCUUCCUUGGCGGGGAACCUUACAUACAAGGUUCUCGUACUGGUCCCAAACCCUUGUACAUACACGGUAAUCUUCAUGACAUCGACAAAGUCUUAAAAAAUAUCUACCCACUCAUUCAAAAAUACGGCCACGAAAACACGGCCAUCUUGGCGCCGUCCAUUCGCAGCAAUCGUAUCGUUAAACGCAUCGUCAACGAGUUGUGGAGGAAGUACAAAAUCCCAUCUGCGCAUGUAAUAUCUGAUGACGAUGUGGGGUUGGACGACGAUGUCGUUCGUGGAAAGAUUGUUCCAUCCACAUAUCACCAAUUCAAGGGGAGCGAGCGCGAUCUUGUCAUCGUGCUGGGAGCUGACGCCUCUUAUUUUCGUUUUAUGGGACGCAACCUACCUGAUGAUCGUUGUCCAAAUGCAACUUUUGUUGCCCUCACUCGUGCCAGAAAGCAGCUCGUGGUCCUCCACUCCCACGAGUACUCGGCAAUGCCUUUCAUCGAUUGGGAAGCCGUUCAGAGUAGUGCAACUGUCAUUAACCUGGAGGAUGAACCACCCAUGGCGCAAUACAGACCGGGACGCCCUCUUAAAUUAGGAUUACUUUUACCGCGAACGGUCUUUGCCACGGACGCAGCAAGACAUGUCCGAGAUGAAUAUCUUGACAGGAUUGUUCGCCAACUCGACAUCCGGAAAGUCCUGCCGCCUCUACCUUCCCCCCGCUGUAUCAGUGCGCCUAAUAAGGUGCGCACAGACGCCGUGAGAAACCACUGGGAGCCUGUGAGCGACCUCAAUGGCUUCGCCGUCACUCUAGAUUUCGAAUGGUGGCUGACAGGAAAGGUGGCUACAUUAAUGAGGGGCAAGGAGAUGAAGGAUCUUCCGACAAAGAAAAUAUUGAAAGAUGACACGUAUCGUGCCAUCUGGCUAGCGAGGGAGGCAACAUAUUAUGACGCGACCGUUUGGGGUUUCAAAUCUCGCUGGCUUCAGAUGAAGUAUAAGGGUCACAAGUUCGACUGGAUGGUUCCCUACCUUAAGGUAUCCACUGAACGUCUUUCGGAGCAAUUCUCGGAGUACAGCCGUUCCGAGCUUUCCAGAGACCUUGCCAUGGAGAAGCCGCUAAAGCAGGACCUGAGUGUAGAUGACCAGACCAUGACCUUAAUAGGCAGGGCGGAUAUGAUCCACUCGAGGAAUAAAGGGCGUGAUGUGACAAUUUGGGAAGUCAAGUUCGUAACUGCACUCUCCCAUGAACACGUCAUUCAGACUGUUAUCUAUGGGUACUUGUGGGCUAUGGCCCAUGAGCGGAAUUUAUUUCCUCGCCUCGUUCUUUACAAUGUAAAAAACGAGGAGAAAUGGGAGAUCCAUACAACUCUUGAGCAUGCAAAGCAGUACACUUCGGAUGGGCAAGUACUUACCAAUGUGUUUUUGGAACGUUGUGCAAAUGUUCGGAAGGAGGUGGCGCAGCUGAUAAAUAUACAUAAUCGAGGAGAGCAGCUUUACUACAAGAUGUAACACUCUUAUUUAGUGAUAAUCAGUAAUAUUUAAGAUUC